AUGAACAGAGGAGACAAACGAGAUGUUCGCACAGCUGAAGCAUCAAAGUACAGCGAGGAGGAAGGACGCUCCCUUCUCUCCCACGGAUCUCACGAAGAUGACGACUAUCUAGUUGUGGACGAGCCCUCGUCGUCUUCCGGUCCGCCGUCUUCUCAGUCAGCCUCGACUCCCAAGAUACCUCCCUCUCUUUCGACCUCUCCUACCGGCCAGCCUCGAACGGGUCGAACGUCGAAUCGCGUCAGGUUCGACAUCCAAGACGAUGGAGACGAAGAUACUAGCCAGCCCUUUGAGGGUCGCGGUGAUAUUGACUGGAUUGCGAACCAAGACUAUCUCGACGAAGAGGCAGCUCAAGCGCCAGGGGGCCGUUCUCGUCAGGCAAUUCCGCUGCUUACGAACAUAGAAGCUCCAAGCGUCACUGUCGCUACCUCGGACUUUGUACCCGAGGACCACCUUGAGAGUGCUCGUCCGAGGAGUGGCUUGGGGAGUGCCUUUAUGAACAUGGCAAACAGUAUCAUUGGCGCUGGGAUAAUUGGACAACCGUACGCUUUCCGCCAGGCUGGGCUGACCACAGGUAUCAUUCUACUUGUUGUCCUGACGAUCACGGUCGACUGGACCAUCCGUUUGAUCGUCGUCAAUUCCAAGCUCAGCGGAGCCGACUCCUUCCAAACCACUUUGGAAUUCUGCUACGGAAGAACGGGAUUGAUAGCAAUAUCUGUCGCACAAUGGGCAUUUGCAUUUGGCGGGAUGAUUGCAUUCUGUAUCAUUGUCGGUGACACUAUACCUCAUGUUGUGAUGGGAAUAGCUCCGUCUAUCAAGAACAUGCCUGUUCUAUGGCUGUUGGCAGAUAGACGUGCUGUCAUAAUUAUCUUCGUUCUUGGGAUUUCCUAUCCGCUGUCAUUAUACCGUGAUAUUGCUAAGCUGGCAAAAGCUUCUACUUUCGCAUUGGUCAGCAUGUUAGUUAUUUUGGUCACUGUCAUAAUAGAGGGUUUUCAGGUAGCCCCCGAAGCUAGAGGAGAAGUCAAAGGGUCUCUCUUUGUCAAUAGCGGUGUGGUUCCGGCUAUUGGAGUGAUUUCGUUUGCCUUCGUCUGUCAUCACAACAGCCUCUUGAUAUACGGUUCUCUGAGGAAGCCUACCAUGGACAGGUUUGCCCGUGUCACCCACUAUUCGACCGCGAUAUCUAUGGUUAUGUGUCUAGUCAUGGCGGUUGCCGGUUUCUUAACCUUUGGAUCAAAAACAAAGGGUAACAUCCUUAAUAACUUCCCUCCGGACAACGUCAUAGUGAAUAUUGCAAGAUUGUUUUUUGGGCUUAACAUGCUGGCCACGUUACCCCUUGAGGCGUUUGUCUGUAGGUCUGUCAUGACCACGUUCUACUUUCCCGAGGAGCCUUUCAACCUCAACCGCCAUCUUAUUUUCACUACGUCCCUGGUGGUGACAUCAGUGGUCAUGGCUUUGAUCACCUGCGACCUGGGCGCCGUACUGGAGCUUAUAGGUGCAACAAGUGCUUGUGCCUUAGCAUAUAUUCUCCCGCCACUCUGCUACAUAAAACUGAGCAAGCAAGGAUGGGUGGCAAAGAUCCCUGCAGUUAUUUGCAUUGCGUUUGGUACUGUGGUUAUGUGCAUUAGCGUUCUUCAAAGCGCAGCUAAAAUGAUUAAGCAUGAGGGAGGCGCGGUGACUUGUUGA